AUGAAUAUAGAGGACUUCCUAAAAUUCAACAACUUAAGCUUAUCCAAAGAUAAAAUAGCAAACAGCCUCCAAGGCAACAAAAUCGGCAUCCUCAUAACCAAUUUGGGCAGCCCCGCGAAGCCGACUUACUGGGCGCUGUACAAAUAUUUGGCUAAGUUCCUGGGCGACCCGCGAGUUGUCAAGCUGAAUCGCUUUUUGUGGCUGCCCGUGCUCUACGGCUACGUACUGCCCUUCCGCAGUGGAAAGUCCCUAUCCAAAUAUAAAAAUGUGUGGACAGAGGAGGGGUCCCCUCUAUGCGUGAACACGCACAACCAGUGCGCGGCGCUGAAGGAGCGUCUAUUUGCAAAGUAUAACGACAAAGUUGCCAUCACCUACGGAAUGCGGUACGGAGAGAGGUCCAUAAAAAGGGCACUGAGCUAUUUGAAGGGCAAAAACAUAAACAAGCUUCUAGUAGUGCCCCUCUACCCCCAAUCGGCCGAAUGCACAGUGGCAUCCACACUUGACUGCAUAGGAGAAAAUUUAAAAAAUUGGAAUAACAUCCCAGAGUUGCGGUUCCUAUCGGGAUACUGUCUAAAUGAAAAGUACCUAAACAGUAUGACCGAGUGUAUUCAAAAUUUUUGGAAAAAAAACGGAAGGGGAAACAAAUUAAUCAUAUCCUACCAUUCCAUACCCACCAAAACGGUGGAGGAUGGAGAUCUCUAUCCUUUUUUUUGUAUCGAAAGUACAAACCAGUUGAUUAAAAAGCUGAACCUUCGGAAGGAAGAUUACCUUUUGGCUUUCCAAUCGAGAAUAGAAGGCCAGAAAUGGAUACAGCCAUGUAUCGAAAAUAUUUUAAAGCAGUUGUCUUCUGAUGGCUGUGAUGUGGUUGAUGUGGUUUGCCCAUCCUUUUCCGCUGACUGCUUGGAGACACUAGAAGAAAUUGAAAUAACCUAUCGGCAGCAGUUCCUUCAGUAUGGCAAUGGACGUCUGCGAUAUAUCAGCUGCUUAAAUUAUUCCAAAGUGGGCAUUGAUUUUCUCAUGGGCAUUAUUGAGGAGAACAUGGUGGGAUGGUAGGUAGGCAGGCAAUCUGCUUGCCCAUCCGUCAUCUUUCCACCACAUGUCCCAUUUGAUUCAUCCCAACGGUACAGAGAUAUAUGUAUACUGUGCCUGCAUAUACAUUUGCAUAUUUCCAACGGGGGGUCCACACCCCUACCCCUUGCUGCAUACAUCAGCAGUGCAAAAAAAAAAAAAAAUGUACACAGCUGGGUAUGCACAUCACGGGGAUUUUCUCCCCCCUAUUGGCCACCCAUUUUUCAUUUGGCUAAAAAUUAAAAAAAUUAUAAAAAGGGAGCACAAAAUGGUGACUCCCACAAAAUGGGAACUCCCACAAAAUGGGAACUCCACAAAAUGGUAACCUCCACAAAGUGCUUUUUGCUUACCAGUUACACGAUUUUUUUUUUUUUCGCACCCCAUUUGCUGUGCAAAUGCAGGAAUGCCAACAUUUGUCGUUAAUUUUUCCCUCCCCACAAUUUUAACAACGCCUGCUCGCAUGCAUCCUUACCCCCGCGCGGAGCAGUAUAUACGUAGGUAAUAUACGUUUUAUUUAAAAAAAUGCCUCUUGGAAAUCCCCCGCGUUGCGUCAUUUGUGGCUACAUAAAACGCCCCUUCUGGUGAGCACUACGCAAAGUGGGGAGAAAGCUAAGAUGCAUUUGGAUUUGCAACUUGCCAAGGAUAGGCCGACUUUAUACCGUCGUAGAAAC